UCAAAUCACUGAAUGACGUGUGUGUUGAAACAACGCCGGAAACGACCGAUUCGCGACCUUAAAGUUAACAUGAAAUUAACAUAUCGCGCACUGGCACGCUCGCGCGCCACGAGAUGACAAUUUAAUUCGCGCUUCGCAUCAAAUAUCACAUUAAUCUCGUGUGUCGCGUGAUCGCAAGCUCUGUAAUCCCCGCGAAUUCCCGCGAUUCGGACAGCGAGAAGUGCGCAUGCAGCGUUCGCUUUCACGGACGCCACCGAUCGCUGUCUCUCUCGCCGACGAUGAAUCGAGCGAACGAGUUGCGCGGAUUUCACUGAAACACGAGCAAACUCGCACGAAUAAUUACAGGUCAACAACCUCUACAAUGUCUACGCUACCGUCGCUAUUGGUGGUCACAUCGCUCCUAGCCUUCUCGAACGUGUUCAAGUGUUUCCACGUGUUCGCACGCGAUGUAGAUUAUUGUUUCGCCGAUGAAGAUGAUCCAUAUCUUUACAUGGCUACCAAAACAGCCUAUCACUUCGUUCAUGGUGGCAAGACUCGAUUCCAGACAGUGCCGAACUGUCGGCCAGUGCAAAUGUGGAUGUUAGCUACAUAUGGCACUCGUUGUCCAACUCUCGAAGAGAUCAACAUGAUUAACUCUUUGACCGAUAUAAGGGAUCAGAUACUACACAAUCACGAAACGCGUGGGGUCGGUCAUAUGUGCAAUCGAGACUUGGACAACUUGAAGAGAUGGCAACCGGACGAAUAUCUCAAGCCGCAUCGGGCGGAGGCAUUGACGCCGCAGGGAGUCGAAGACAUGAAGUUGUUGGCAAGAAGAUUACAGAGCAACUUUCCAGAACUAUUACAGCCCUUCACAAGCAACAUAUCGUCCAGCAAUUACAAGUUCCGGGCCAAUGAAGCGCAGCGCAGUAUGGAAUCUUUCAUGGAAGGAUUAUUCGGAAGCAGGAAUGCUGUAGUCCCCGAGGAGAGUUUCUUAAACGACACCCUACUGAACGCAUACAAGACAUGCGGUGUGUGGGAGAACGACGAGCAUCAGCAAUCAUACGAGAAUACGGAAUACGACUUGUUCGUCGUUGGACCGAUAUUUCAAAAUCUCGUACAUAACGUCAGCCGACGAUUAGGAUUUCUCUACAAUAUCUCUAGUGAUCGUAUCAAUGCCAUGUAUGAAGCGUGUCGAUAUGAAAAGGCUUGGACGGUCAUCACAUUGUCGCCCUGGUGUGCUGUCUUCAACAAAGAAGAACUUCGAAUCCUAGAAUACAGAGAGGACCUCAAUUAUUACUACAAAGCAGGCUAUGGACGUGAAAUCAACGCUCGGCUGGGAUGUCCCUUGUUGCACGAUAUGAUGCAACAUUUUUGGAACAUAGCACACGAUGAGACAUCGAACGAACCCAUGGGCAUCUUCUACUUUAGUGACAUUGUUAGUCUGCAAAACCUUCUGACCACAAUGGGCAUAAAUGAAGAUCAAACACCAUUAACUGCCUUCACUUAUAAAGAUAUGGCCAAAAGACAAUGGCGAACUUCUUUAAUAUCCUCUUUUGCCGCGAAUCUCAUUGCAGUAUUUUAUAAGUGUAAUGACAGUAAAGACAACAAUAAAGUAAUGUUUUACCUGGCAGAGAAACCAGUACAAUAUGAUGGUUGCUUAGUAGGACUCUGCGACUGGGAAUUUUUGAAGAGCAAAUUUGGACAGCUAGCAUCUAAUUGUAAGUUGGAUGUCUGUUGGAUAGAAAGUGGAGCACCUGCUAAUCUCUUGCUGAACUCCAUAGCCAUCCACUUUGUGUGCUUCAUUCUAGUCCUCCUUGGCUAUUGACUGUAUAUAAGAUAAUUUCUUAGCCUUUAUUUCAACUACAUUAAAAGUUGAAUUGUAAGAUAUUGAACACAAUAUUGUAGAAAAUUAUAAGAUAUUAAGUUAUA